GUGGCUCAGAGGAAAUAUGGCGCACAGAGCGUUGCAUAUACCAGUGAUAUUCCUUACCUCAACUUACUCUUUUAGUGCACUCUUUUUGUCCGUUUUUCUCGCUCUUGCAGCACUUGAAACAGUAAACGGUGACAAUGUGUUCAGUGCCAGCCAAACGGCUACUGCACCCGUCGCCGUCGCUCGGGAUCUGCGGUACCUUCUGUAUGAUGUAAACCCCCCAGAGGGUUUUAAUCUGCGGAGAGAUGUCUAUAUCCGCAUGGCCUCCCUGGUGAAAACUUUGAGGAAGGAGGGUCACGACUGGGUAUUAGUGCUUCCCCCCUGGGGUCGCCUCUACCACUGGCAGAGCCCCAACAUCCACCAGAUCCGCAUCCCGUGGGGAGCGUUUUUCAGCCUCACUAGCCUGCAGGCCAAUGUCCCCGUCAUUGAGUAUGAAGAAUUUGUUGCUGAGAAUGGAGGCCCAUUCAUAGACCAGGUUCUGGUUCUGCAAAACUAUGCUGAGGGAUGGACUGAUGGCAAAUGGGAGGAAAAAGUUGAUGAGCGGCCGUGCAUUGAGAAGCUGAUGUACUCCAAAGACAAACAGGGCUACUACAGGGGCUGGUUCUGGGGCUACGAGGAGACAAGAGCUCGAAAUGUAACAUGUAUAUCAGCCCAAGGUCACGCCUCAAUCAUGGCCCCAGUUCUGCAGAGAAACAUCACAGCGAUAUCAGUUAUGCUUGACCGAGCGGAGACACUCCUUCAUGACCAUUAUGCUGGGAAGGAUUACUGGGACACCCGACGCAGCAUGGUUUUUGCAAAGCACCUGCGAAUCAUUGGAGACGACUUCAGAGCAAAAUACCUGAACUCUACAGAUGACAGAGACCACACAAUAUACAGUGAGGACUGGACUCGCAUGAAGGCCAAGCCUGGUUCAGCUAAAGGCGGGUCAUAUCUGGGGGUCCACCUGCGCAGGAAGGACUUUAUCUGGGGUCACAGAGAGGAUGUUCCCAGCCUUAAGGGGGCAGUCAAGAAAAUGCGCAGCUUGAUGAAGAAACACAAACUUGACAAAGUGUUUGUUGCGACUGAUGCAGAUGAUGAAGAACUGAAGGAGCUGAAAAGAUUGUUGCCAGACAUGGUGCGGUAUGAGCCAUCCGCAGAGGACCUGGAGCUCUUUAAAGAUGGAGGAGUGGCCAUCAUUGACCAGUGGAUAUGUGCCCAUGCAAGAUUCUUCAUAGGAACAUCAGUGUCCACCUUCUCUUUCCGGAUCCAUGAAGAAAGAGAGAUCCUGGGUUUCGACCCCAAAACUACAUACAACCGUUUCUGUGGAGACAAUGAGAAAGAAUGUGAACAGCCCACACACUGGAAAAUAGUUUAUUAAUGUCACCCCUGAGUUUCCUGACACACAAGUGCCAAAAGCAGCGUUAAAGGUGACCUUUAUUUGUAUGGAAAAUAGAAGAUAUUUGAAUUGUUUUGUGGUUUAUUUUUUACUUUUUAUGGUUUCAGUGUUGUGCAAUCAGGUCUGUAGUGACCACUGUGACUCAAUUUUACGCUGAAAAGGCCAAGACCAGGAUACCAAACAUGUAUUACUGUGGUGUUCAGCAAUUAAAUCUCCAUAUAUUUUUAGGUUGUAUGUUGAAUGUGGAUCCUUCACAACAGCCUGGUAGGUAACACUUUUUUAUAUUUAUCUUGUGACGCCAGCACAACUGGUGAAAAGUGUCUUAUAAUGACUGCAGCAGACAGUAUUAUGGGGAUUUUUUCAGUUUACAUUUCAUUUGAAAUGAUUGUGUUCAGUGCUUGGGUGUCUAACCUUUGGAUAUUGUAAUUUUGAAAAUAUGACUAAGAUUUCUUCUUCAAAAAUGACAGUAUAAAAUAGCAUUCAGGGAUCAUGAACACAGUUUAUCUAUAAUGUAUUUUUGAUCCAAAGUCUACCAGGUAGUCCAGUGAGAUUAAGCUUGCAGUUGGUGUUUCUUACCAAAAAGCACAGAGGUUUGAUAAAUGAAAUAUAUUUUUCCCUCAUAAAACAGCACAACUUUUACUUUUUGUGUAUUUUUAUGCAGGAUCCAAAUAGUAUAUGGUUCAAAUUGCGUUGCAUUAGAGAAUUACUGAUGAUGAAAUAGUAGGAGAUGUCAUGGUAAGUAACAUUAUUACGAGGAUUUUCAGACUUGCCUUUUUAAACAAUAGGCUACAUAUUUGGCAUAGUCCACUGCCAUGAUAAUGAUAUUAAUAAUUCCCCUGAAAGGGAAUGAAGUGGCACAAAGAAGGCACACAACACUAGCCAGCCAUUAAGCUUGUUGUCUUACAAAACACAUUUUUACUAGAGGAUACACAAAUUUUGACAAGACCUGUUUGGUAUGGGCAUAAAAAAAAUCAUGCUCCCUCACUUUACCAGCUAAAGCAGCUUUAAUUUCAAAAUCAGCUGAAAUGACUGAAAUAAACAAAAGAUUCUGAUUGGCAAGAUAGCCUGGCUAGCAACCAAGCAAUUUUGCAGAAUCUUGUUGAGUUAAUGCCACCAUAUAAAUCAUAAUCAACUUUAAACGAACUUUCAAUCCAUUUAACAUUCCCUGCUCAUCCUUGACCCCCAGAUUGAGAACCGCUGAUCUAACUGGUGUAAUUUUUGUUUUACAUAAAACUCAUUUUUAGCAGAUUUUUUUUAAAUGACAGAAAAUAGAUAUGUAGAAUAUUAAAAAAAAAAAAAAACUUUGCUGUUGUUUGUAUUAUUUUAUGGAGUUCCUAUUCCACCAACACCACAGUAUAUUUGUACACAGAUAUAGUUGCAACUUAACCAGAUUUAAUUUAUAAACUAAAUUUAGAAAAAAAAGCUGGAGAAAAAGUCCAAAACAUUGAAAACAGAUUUGUACACCAAGGUUUUUUGUUCUUUUUUUCCCCCUCUCAUUUAUCACCUGGCAACCCCUCAGAUUUAUCUGCUGUCCCUGUAUAUAAAACUGUAAUUAAAGUAGUUCAAACAUUUAGAAGAAUAUGUUGAUCUGAGAAACCAAAGUGGUACAGUUUAAUACAUUAGCUACAUUUUGCUGCAGAUACUUAAUUUUUUUUAAAGACAUUUUUUCAUGCAGGACUUUUACUUGUACUGGAAUAUUUUCACAAUGCUGUAUAGCCAAUGGAUGUAUUACAUGCAGUAAAGUUACAGUGAGGGUU